UCCUUUCACUCACUGGGUUCUGCAGCUUCCUCUCCGGCUGCUGAGCUUUGUGUCCCAUAGGUAACAAUGAACGAUGACUUCCGGAGAGCGGAGUCGGGCACCCAGCUACUUGCGAGACUGGAGGGACGCGCUUCUCUGAAAGAACUCGAGCCUUUGCUUUUUGCCAGUGGAGAUUGUCCUUUACAUGGUGAUAUAAUUGAAUUCCAUGGUCCAGAAGGUUCUGGAAAAACAGAAAUGUUUUGCCAUCUAAUCUCCCGUUGUAUCUUGCCAACGUCUGAUGGUGGUUUACAAGUUGAGGUGGUCUACAUAGACACAGACUAUCACUUUGACAUGCUUCGUCUGGUCACUAUACUGGAACACCGCUUGUCACAAAGUGACGAAGAGACCAUCAAACAAUGUCUAAGCAGGUUCUCCUUGGUCUACUGCAGUAGUAGUGUACAGCUUCUCCUCACACUCUACUCUCUAGAGAACAUGUUCUGCAGCCGUCCUUCUCUGUGUCUAUUAAUCAUAGAUAGUCUGUCGUCUUUUUAUUGGAUCGACCGGAAUAAUGGAGGAGAAACCCUUUCUAGACAGGAGUUCAAUAUUAGGAAAUGCAUAGAGCUUCUUGAUAAAUUGAUAAAGGAAUAUAAACUUGUUCUCUUUGCUUCCACACAAACUCUAAUGCAGAAGACGUACAAUGAAAGCAAUGAAGCAUCUCGUUCAGAGAAACAGACGUCUUCCGUGAAUGACUACAGGCCAUAUCUGUGUAAGCUGUGGCAGCAUGUCACUACAAACAGAGUAUUUUUCUCAAAAGAACAAACACAAGGGAGUAAUAGCACAACGUUCUCUCUGACAUCCUGCCACCUGAAGAGCAAAACUGUCAUCAGGCGCUCAUUUGUGAUAACCGAAGCUGGAGCAAAGUUCAUCCUCUGAUCCCCAAAAUGUUCUCUAUUUAUGGGGCAUCUGUCAGCAGAUUUGUACCUGUGACACUGGCUGACCUGUUGCAUGUGCGCUUUGCAGCAGAAGGCAUCUGUGUUGGUCCCAUGUUUAUAUGUGCCCACACU